ACGAGGAGACACAAUUCCCCAUACAGACCCCUUGACUCUCUCUUUCGAUUUCACACAUUACUCCCUUUUCCUCGUUUCCGCCGCGACCGUCGUCUUCCUCCCUGCCCUUCCCCACCAUCCGCCUUUGAAAUUUUCGACGCCCUUCAAAUCUCUCCCUUCUCUCUUUCUUCCUCAGCUCCAUUAUUCUCUAAUCAUUCCAAUCUGCAAUUAUCGAUUUUAUCAUCUAUGCAGUAUUUUCCCUUGAGUUCAUAGCUUGAAUCGGUGUUGCAGCUUCGUAAAAGAUCACUUUUGGGUAUUUGAGUGAUCAUGGGAUCCGCUUGUUGUGUUGCCGCAAGGGACAGAACCAUUCCAAACAGAACAGGACGUGAGACUUCGCAUAGAAAUGUGAGGUGUUCGCCAUCAUGGAGCUUCUGCCGAGAUAAUCGCAGGCGUGUAGCUGGUGAAAUUUAUGAGCCUUCUUAUCAGGUGCCUAAUGGAACUAGUAGAAAUGUCAGCAUGGAGAUAAAGGGGACAUUAGGAUCUGAUAGGGGUAAUCUUUCCGAUCAAGGAAGUCUACAUGAGAUUGAGGCAUAUGGAACACCCACUUCUCAAAAAUCUCCAGUCCGUGAAGAAAUGGGUGAGAAUAUGAUGACCCAUCCUUCAGACAUAUCAAGAGCAAGCAAUUAUUCAGUUGAUGUGAAGAAUUUGGCAGAAUCGCCCGAUAUCAUUGAUUCAUCUACACCAAAGCUUUCAUUUUGUAUACCUUCAUCAUUCUCACCACCAAUAACAGAUACUUUGUCUAGCCAUGCUCAUUUGCUUCCUCCAAACUCAACCCCAUCACAACAGGCUCGCCAUUUACCUGGGCAACAGCUAUUGAGGCAGGUUUCUGAUAGUCGAAUCCUGGGACUGAAGUCACCAAAUAAUUAUUCCAUGUCUGAAGCAAGGUCAUCUUUCGUGCUCUCCAGAUGUAGCAAUGGUUUAACAGCUGGGUCUCAUGGUGGCUCUUCUGAUGGCUGGUCCGUGUGCACUUUUUCAGAGGUUGUGGCCUCUUCUCAAAGAGAAAGGUGGUCUUUUGACAGUGAACACUUAGGCUCUAGUUAUGGCAAGAUAAAUGGAUGUAGCAGCAGAUUUUCAUAUUCUCCGUCCAUAGAUAUGCGAACUUGUGGUGCUUGCUCAAAGCUUUUAGCUGAGAGAUCCGCAUGGAGUAGCAAUGAGAUUUCAGUUGUUUCUGUGCUUGUCUGUGGACAUGUUUAUCAUGCUGAAUGCUUGGAGACAAUGACACUAGAGGCUAACAGAUACGACCCAGCCUGCCCAAUAUGUAUGGUUGGAGAAAAACAGGUCUCAAAGAUGUGCAAGAAAGCUUUAAAAGCUGAAGCAGAGUUGAAGGCAAAACAUCUUAAGUUGUUCAAGAAUAGAGUUAUAGAUAGUUCUGUUGAUGAUUGUUGUGAUGAUAUUGAACACGUAGAAAACACCAAACGAGAAGGAAAAGAUACAAAGUUGGAAUCCAGUUCAAGCCGGAGAAGCUCCUUGGCAAAGCCUUUCUUAAAACGCCACUUCUCGAUUGGGUCUAGGUGGGGUAGAUCACUAUCUGAGAACGACUCUGCUAGAAAGAAGGGGUUUUGGAUAAAAUAUCGAAAAGAUUGAGUUUUCUAUUUUACUGGUAGGAGGUGAGGAGCCCGUCUGUUUCAUCAUAGAAGUUUAUCAGAGUCAGUGAAUAUGCUUAUUACUCAGCUUCUUAAGUUAGAGGCUACCCUUUUCAAGCUAAUACCAUCAACAGAAGUGGCAUAAAAUUUCCAUUGACGCACGUUAUAACUCUAGCCCUGUACAUUUUUUGUUUGCCCAUAGCUUUGGGGCUUUGGGUUGGGUUGGGUUGGGUAGGGCAUGCGUGUGAUAAACUCUGAAUUGGAUCAAAUAUAAAUGCGUAGUUUUGGAAUUUUUGUAGGUAUCAAGAUAUCCUAUGGUGGGUUAGGGUAAUCUAGAAAUGAAGUUAGUUUCUUGAUUUCUGGAGAGCAAGUAAGGUUGUUAUUUGCUUCAGCGGUUGACAGAUAAACUCGAUGAAGCACUGAAUUGAUUAGGAAAAGUAACCACUAAGAACUUUAUUGUACUUGGCCUUUUCAACUUUUCUUUGCUGUAUUUUAUGACAGUUUCGACCAUUAACAGCACAAUAAAUUGUGUACUUGUUGUUCUG